ACAUUAGACACCGGCUGAACUUAAGUACUUCGGCGCUGUCUCACAUCGUUCCUUUCGCUGAAUUAUUUCUAAGGCGUUUUUCAGGUGUUUUCUUAUGCGAACCAAUAAUAACUGUGAGACACAAGGAAACCCCGUUAUCGCGACGUUAACAGGUAGCCUAGGGAACUGACAGCAUUUCAUGAUUUGUAAUUGAUAUCCCGGGAACCCAGAAUACUCUUAAAAGUCAUCGAUCUGGAAGGAGGAUAUCUUUCUCACGGAUUUGAUGGAUGUUUGAUCGGUUGGUGAUGCCCAUUUAUAUCAUCGAUCGCAAAUUUCCAGAGACACCUGGUCGGGGUCCUGUCAUGUCAGCCAGAACACAGCAGGAGCUGCCCAUCUGCAGAGUCAGGUGAGUUUCUACAGGCUGCCCCAGAGGGACAGCAGACCAUGGCUGACAACAACUCUCAGGAAAAAAAGCCUCGCUGGACAUCACUAGAGAUCGGUCUUCUGACGAUUGUUUCUCUGCUGUUCAUCAUUAUUGUGGCUCUCAUCGUACUCUUCAUCACACAUAGUGGCAAAGAUGGUGUCUGCAUAACAGCUGACUGCACACAGUCAGCAUCCCGCCUCAUUGAGAACAUGGACCCCACAGUGGACCCCUGUGACAACUUCUACCAGUAUGCCUGUGGUGGCUGGCUAAAGAAGAACAUCAUACCUGAGACCAGUUCACGUUACAGUACCUUUGACAUUCUAAGAGAUGAACUGGAGGUGGUACUCAAAGGAGUGCUGGAGAGAGAAGAGAGUGGAAGCAGUAGCUCACUGACCAAAGCCAAAGUUCUCUACAGGUCCUGCACUAAUGAGAGCGUCAUUGAACAGAGAGGUGGGGCGCCUCUUCUUAAAGUGCUGCCAGAUGUCUUUGAGUGGCCUAUAGCAAUGGACGAUUGGGACACCACCUACGGAAUGAAUUGGAGAGCGGAAGAUACCAUAGCCAAACUGAAUGAGAAAUAUGGAAAGCAAGUCCUAAUAAGCUUUUUCAUUGGCACAGAUGACAGAGACUCCAAUGCGCACAUCAUUCAUUUUGACCAGCCAAGUCUUGGCCUCUCCUCAAGAGACUACUAUGUUUGCACGGGACCAUAUGAGGAGGCCUGUGUGACAUAUGAGAACUUCAUGACUGACUUGGCAAAGCUUAUCCGAAAAGAGCGGCGUCUGGAAGUCAAUGACACUAAUAUCAGGCAAGAGGUUGCCCGGAUGAUGAUGAUGGAAAAGGAAAUUGCUAAUGCAACAGACACACCAGAGGACAGAAACAACCCAGUUCUACUUUACAACAAGAUGCCUCUGGAGAUCCUGAACAACAACUUCACUCUGGAGAUUAAUUCCAGGGUGUUCAACUGGACACUCUUCACUAAUAAGAUCAUGGACACAGUUGGCAUUCCCAUUACAGACAGUGAGGAGGUUAUUGUGUAUGCCCCAAACUAUUUUAAGAGGCUGAACCCUGUCCUUGCCAAGUACACAAAGAGAGACAUUCAGAACUACAUAGUAUGGCGUUUCAUUAUGAAUCUGGUGGUUGGUUUGAGCAGGACAUACAGGGAGACCAGGAAAGCAUUCAGAAAGGCUAUCUAUGGGACCACCUCUGAACCAGCAGUUUGGAGACAGUGUGCCAUCUAUGUAAACAGCAACAUGGAGAAUGCUGUGGGGAGACUAUAUGUGGAGGAAGCCUUUCCAGGAGAUAGUAAAGACAUGAUGGAUGAGAUGAUCACUAACAUCACAGAAGUAUUUGUGAGUAAUCUGGAUGAUCUAGCUUGGAUGGAUGCUGAAACUAAGAAAGCUGCAGAGGAGAAGGCACGAGCAAUCAGAGAAAGAAUUGGUUUUUCAGAAAAUAUCUUGAACAACACAUACCUGGACCAGGAAUACCAAAAUUUAAGCUACAGUGCAGAAGAAUACUUUGAGAACAUUCUAAAGAACUUGGAGUUUGGUCAGAAGAAACGCCUAAAGAAACUGAAAAUCAAAGUGAACAAAGAAGAGUGGAUAACAGGAGCUGCUGUUGUCAAUGCAUUCUACUCAUCUAGCAGAAACCAAAUAGUAUUUCCUGCAGGUAUUCUUCAGCCACCAUUUUUUGGUAAAGGUCAGCCCUGGUCUCUGAACUAUGGCGGCAUUGGGAUGGUCAUUGGGCAUGAGAUCACUCACGGCUUUGAUGACAAUGGACGUAAUUUUGAUAAAGAUGGUGACCUCAAAGACUGGUGGACUCCAUCUUCAACUCAGAAAUUCCAAGAGCUUUCCAAAUGCAUUGUGGACCAGUAUGGAAGCUUCUCUUGGGAUUUGGCGAAUGGACACAAUUUAAAUGGGAAUAAUACCCUUGGGGAGAACAUUGCGGACAACGGGGGCAUUCGCCAGUCUUAUCAAGCCUACCAGAACUAUGUGAAAAAACAUGGGAAAGAGGCUCCUCUCCCUGGAAUUGACCUCAAUCACGAGCAACUCUUUUUCCUUAACUUUGCACAGGUUUGGUGUGGAACACAUAGACCAGAGCAUGCUGUCAAUUCCAUCAAAACUGAUGUCCACAGUCCAGGGAAGUUUAGAGUUCUUGGGUCAUUACAGAACUUCCCAGAGUUCGCCAAAGCCUUCCAGUGUCAGAAAAACACCAACAUGGUGCCUGAGAAGAUUUGCAGAGUGUGGUGAUUACUAGAGGAACAGAAGAUGAGGGUUAUAUUGAGGGCCCGUGGUCCAUAUAUCCUCUCACCUCUCUGCUGCCUCUUAGACCAUGAUGGCAGAUGCUGAUAAAUGUUCUCAUCGGUGUAAGCUAUGGCUACUAUGCUCAACUCCACCAGUGCACUUGAGCCAUAUAUAUUGAGGGGUAACUGUCUCAGAACACUCCUAUAAGCAUCAGCCAAAUUAUUUUAAUACAGUUUGUGAGAUGAUUACUCAGUUCAUGGCUCUUACUGUUUUAUAGACUUGGUAAAUCUGAAGAAUAAAGUAAAAAAAAAACAAAAAAAAAAACAAAAAAAAAAAAAAAAAAACAAAGUAAAGGUUAUGUAGAGAUACUGUCAAAAAAUAUCAAAUAAUGUUAAUCAAAUAAAACUGUGAAUUGGAGAUAUUAGUAGCAUUAUGUAUAUACAUAUUUAAUGCAAUACUAGUGUACAUUGCUUAUACAGGUCAAUUUGAUUAGAUUCAGUAAGUAAUUAUGAAGCUUCCCAAACAUGCCCAAGAAUAUUAUGUAUACUAUAGUACCAUGGGAGUUAAUAGAUAUUUAAGUGUAUUCCAAUAAAAUUGUUAAACUCUGUAUUAAUUUAUCUCAUUAGCAAAUUAUCUGAUCUGUAAUUAAAAAAAAAAGAUUAAUUUGUGUUAUUGAAUUUAUUUUCUUUAGAAGAUUAGCUUAUUAUCAUAAAAUAUUAACUGGGACAAUAUACAUUUUCUGUAAAUCAGACACUGAGUGUUUGAUUUGAAAAUCCCAAACAUGACAGAUGGACAGACAAUUAAAAUGCAUCUUUUUUUUAUUUCUUCUUUCAUUUGUGCUGUCCUUGAUAUUUGUAUGAAUGGAUGCGCAUGUGACAAAUAAUGUCAUUCUGUCAAGCGUCACUGAAUUAAAGCCUUAAAGUGUUUUUAAUUCUGUGUUCAACAUUUGUCAAUGUUUCAUAUUAUGUGGAGGACUAAAUUAAUCAUAUUGAGACCAAUUCAUGCAGACAGUGUUUAUGCCAAAGAUUUUUACACAUAUCCUUACUUUGCUUUUUUAAAAAUCUAUGUAUCUUAUUCAUAAUCGUUUUUGAAUUGCUUAACUUGUCUAUUACAUCUUCAUUAGCAAUGGCAAUUUUUUAUUUGCAUUUUUGAAAAUGUAGAAGCUUAUAUUUGUGAUUUUGUUAGUCAUCAGGCAUAGUAAUAUAACAUGUAUUUUACAUUAGCAUUACGAAAUAUAUUCAUUUUCAUGGGUAAUGGGAUAGUAUGUAAGUUUAAAAAACAAGAAGCUCAUCAAAAUGCUGCUGUUUUUUUUCCUUUACAUUAUUUUUCUAUUCUGUCCAUUUUAUCCCAGGGGUCUUUCUUUUCUUUUUUUUGUUUUCUUCUCAGCAUUGUUUGCUAUUUUACAUCUUUGCACACUGUUUUCCCCUCUCUGAUAAAACACUGUUCACCAAAAUCCAUUUCAACCACUUCUCAGACAAAUAUACCUCAGAUGCCUGUAUUUAGAUACUUUGUAAUAAGCAUAUUCAGAAGAGAAUAUUUGUUUUAUGAAUAAAUUGUGAAAGUAAAAAUGU